AUGGCUUCCGGUCAUAGCCUUUUCUUAAUUCUUCUUCUUUUUUGUCAAAUAUUGGGUCUUGUACUGUUUCUGAGAGGUUUCUUUCCUCUGAAGAAAGCAAUCCAAGGAAUGGCAGCCAUCACGGACCUUCCACCGGAGCCAUCAGCUGAGAGGCCAGGAGAUCCUUUGUCUCCAAAAUUCGGAAGAGUGGUGAUCGUGUUGAUCGAUGCCUUAAGGGCAGACUUCGUAUUUAACAAUCAGUCAAGGUUGCCUUUUACUCAAGAAAUAAUCAGAACUAACAAGUCAUUUAGGUAACGUAACGGUAUCCUACUAAUGUACUUUGUUGCGUGACACUAAAUUAUUAUAAAUACAGUCGAACCCCGCUAUUUCGAAGUCCCAAGGGAAAUGAAAAAAAGUUCGAAAUAGCGGGGUUUCGAAAUAACCGGGGAAGCGUAAAAUUCGUAAUAAUGAAUCAUUUUUUAAUAAAAUACAGUAAAGUAUGAAGAAAGACACUGAUUAAAUAAAAAUACAAUGUCGAAUGAUUAGAAUAGAGACAGCAGAGUUCAUACGUCUUGUUUUGUAAUUGAAUAACACAGCUGGAAUUUCUUAGCGGGACACUGCACGUGAGUGAAGCAUUGCUAAGUCAUUAAUUACGCAACACGAGCUCAAAUAAAAUGCAAUACGUUUCCAGCUGUGCUCUUUUGUACGUACAAGUUCGAAAUAACGGGAUUGAUUUAAGGUGUAGGGAAAGAACGAUGAGUUCGAAAUAGCGGGGCAUUCGAAAUAACCGAGUUCGAAAUAGCUGAUAGUAAAUGACUGAAAACAUAUGGGUAAAUCCAAGGGAAUUAGAGCUUCCUUCGAAGUAGCGGGGACUUCGAACUAAUGGAGUUCGAAAUAGCGGGGUUCAACUGUAUAUUGAUUUUUUUUAAGGCCAGAGUGACAACCUUUGUAUCCAGGGGGGUGGGGGGGGUCAGGGUUAAAGAGAAUUCACGUAUGCAGAAAUUUGAAGUGCCCCAAUAGCUACUCAAAUUUAAUUAUGUGGGAAAUCACAGCUGUACAUAAUUUAUGCACUAAUCAGUACCCCUCCAUAGGUGGGUAGGGCGGGAAGGGGGGGUUCCUGGUCUUUGCAAAGAAGCACUAGUUCAAUUUCAAAUUGUUGGCAGUUCAGUCAGUGAUAAAAAUCCCUUGGGUCUUUCCCCAGGGAUCCUUUUAAAUAGUGCAGCCAACAUCCUGGAGAAAAAAUUGCCAACAAAACCAGGGACAGAUCUAGGGGGAGGGUGCAGGGGGUGCGCACCCCCCCUAAGAUGACCUGCGGUUUUCUAAUACAACUGGUAUUCUGCAAAAAAAAACAAAACUAUCUGGUUUAUUGGUGUUGAAGUAGAGCAAGAGGCGAGUGCACCCCUUCCUAAAAAAAUCCUGGAUCUGCCCCUGAAAACUCACCAAAUCCCGAGGCUUGCUUGCAUAUGUCCCCAGGGUCACCCUGCCAGGAUGGCUGCUGAUUGGUGCAUUAUAGAAAUAGACCCCUACACUUGCCCUCACUAUACCGAUGUCUAUAAAAUGUCACUAAUUUGCAGAGCCAUAUCUUUGCUUUUUCUGACAUACCAGUUUUAAACUUGGUACAUGUUAAGUUAACUGAAUUUAAUGUGCUCUUUGCAGCAAUGCGCAAUAUUGAGGACAAUAUGGUGACAAUAUUGUCAAAAGUUGAAAAAGCACAUGGAAGGGCCUACUGAAAAAAAAAAACAGUGAGAAAGUAUCCUUCAGCUCGGGAAUUUAAUAAAUACAUGUAGAAGUAUAAUGACAUCUCAAUUUUAUUUUUUCCAGCUUUCUAGCAAAGGCACACCCACCAACUGUAACUAUGCCAAGAAUAAAGGUCAGUUUAACCAACAAAAUAGACGUGCUUGCAAUAUGAUGCUGUGGUCAGUUACUUAAGCUUUAAGUCCCUUAUUCCUCAAUUAAGAUUGGUCACAGAAGCAAGGGACAGGUCUGGCCCAACUAACCAAAAAUUCUGCCAACAGAAUAAACUUUGGGUAAAAUGGAUUUUGUCCAUGGUGCCGUUUACUUAUGAUAAUAAAAUAGUGUGCACUUCUGAGUAAAAGGAUUUUGUUGGUAUUGGCAUUAGGAAAUUAAUUUUAAUUUAUACAUGCAUAAAAUUUGAAAUUCUUUUCUUCCCCUGUAGGCACUGACCACAGGUGGGAUACCAGGUUUUAUUGAUGUGGUUUUCAACAUAGACUCGGAAUUUCUCCUAGAAGACAAUUUGAUAAGUCAGAUGAAGUUUGCAAACAAGAAGAUUGUUUUUUACGGUGAUGACACGUGGAUGAGGCUGUUUCCUGAGCACUUUGAAAGGACAGAUGGCACAACAUCAUUUUUUGUCACUGAUUACACUGAGGUGUGGAGAUAGCAGUAGUAGUCCCUAGGGGUUACCCCAGAGUUAAUGUUACCGGGAUGAUUGAAAGAGAGCAGAACCCCCCAGAAAAAUCACUGUGGCUUCCAAUGAAACCCCAAAAAUUCCCUGGACCAAACAUUAGUCCAAGAAAAAUCUCAAGCCCAUACUCCCAAGGCCAUGUAACUGGAAGGCAAUAAAAUAAUAUUCAAACAACCGCAAACAGGUAGAACUACAUGACUGGCAUACGUGUGUGGUACUACAGCAAUCUAUGAUUGUUUUGGAUACCCAAAACAAUGCCUGCUUAAAUUGAGGCACCCAAAAUUUGUUAUCAAAGUUAGCUUGUUCAAACAAAGGAAUCACAAAGUUACACAGAGUAGUUUUAUGGAAAAUAAUCAAGAGUCAGUUAAUUAUUUUUUAAAGGAAAACAUUGAAUUGCAAAUUAAUUUAUAAUGGAUGACUUGUCCUAAUCCAUUCAUGGCAUUGUAUUAAUUAUUGAUAGGUUGAUGACAAUGUCACCAGGCACAUCGACAGUGAGCUUAAAAGUGAUGAUUGGGACAUUAUGAUACUUCACUACUUGGGCCUUGACCAUAUAGGACACAUUGCAGGACCAUCAAGUCCCCUUGUAGGACCCAAACUCCUGGAAAUGGACCAUAUUAUAAACAACAUUUAUAACGCAAUGCUCAGUUGGGAUAAAAAAAGAGAGGCACCUUCUAUGAUGGUACUCUGUGGUGAUCAUGGAAUGAGUGAUGCAGGGAGCCAUGGUGGUGCAUCAUCCUCAGAGACAAGCACACCCCUUGUGUUUAUGAGCCCUUUGUUUGAACGUCUUGGAGGUGAAGUAUUUAACAGGAAAGAAGUUCAACAAAUUGAUCUGGUGCCAACUUUGAGUGUACUUUUGGGGCUUCCAAUACCUCAAAACAGGUAAAAGACGAAACGGCCUUCAUAAUUUAACUAUUUAAAGCUUCUAAUAGGUCAUGGGACCUGGAAGUGUUGAAAGUAUAUUCAACUCUAUUUUUUUAGCCAGAGUGUAGGGAUAUCUCAACACUUCAACUGGCAAGGAGCACGAUCAAUCCUAUUUAUUUGCCUUAUCAUAUGUAAGAAGUUCAUAGAUGGACUCAAAACCUGCAACAAAACUGACCAGAGGAAGGUUACUCAAUGCUUUCUGCAUUAAAAGCUCUUAUGUUUUUCGUAGUGUUGGUAAAUUCUAUCUGAUUCCUUCUUUGUUUUCUUUUCAGCAUAGGAGUUGCUAUACCAAGCCUCUUCGGCUUUCAUACACCAAGAGAAAUGCUAAGAGCUCUACAGCUUAACACACACCAGCUGUCUAAAACACUUACUGCAAAUGGCCACUCCGUGGAGAACAUGUACGAACUAAACCACGCCCACAAGCUUCACUCUGAUUGGCUCAAAUCCACAGAAACUGCACACAGUUCCACAAAUCUCAAGACAAAGGCGGGAAAGGUUGCUAAGCAGUACAUCCUGGCUCUUGAGAAAAUGACCAGUCGCAUGACCGCCUCGCUUUCAAAAUACGACCUUCAUGCAAUGAUUUGUGGUAUAGCUGUUCUUAUUCAAACGCUUUGCUGGGUGGCCUGUGGUUUACAUCGAAUUUCCUUUCCAAACAAAAGAAAUGAACGCCUUGAUGUCUCUGUGACAGGUGUCUUUGUGGUGAGCGGCGCUGUUCUUCUUGUUGCCGUUCUUCACCUCUUAGCAUGUUCCAGCACAGUGAUUGGUAAGUGAAAAAAGCAGUUGAAACUUUCUUUUCCGAGCUUCCCUAGCUUUAAGACGUUUUUUUUCCAGGUUGCAAACGAAAAAUAGUUUCGAUCACAAGGCGCUGAUUAGAAGUCGACAAUGAUUUGGGCGUGCUUUGGCACUAACUGUGACAUUUUCUUCACUUUGUCUGACUACUUUACACUUCCACCAUAGUUAGUAAAGAGGACCCCUCUACUAACUACGCUUUCACAUCUCUGAGUGUCGAACUAAGUAAUAAAUGACAAACGGUUCAUGACCGGGGAGAAAUAGGCGACAUUAUCCUCACUUUGUCAGACACUUCCACCUCUUACGUGUGAGAACUAAAUAACGAAUGACGGCUGUUUCUUGCCGGGCGGGGAAAAAAUUUACUUAAUCCUUUCUUUGACAGACUGUUCCAAACUUCUACAAUUUUAGAAGUGUAGACUAGAACUAAGAAGGAAAGACAAAAAUAAAAUAUCCUGUGGUCAGCGCUGGACAAUUUAACUGCGUGCAGUCUCUUUUUUCCUUAAUCCGUGACCCGUCGAGCGAAACGCGCGAGAGACGAAAAAGACCGCGCGCGUGACUGAAGGCGCAAGGCGGGAGCUGCCGCUCUGGUUUCUCGUGUCUCGUGCGCUCGCCUCACCAAAUUUGUAGAAAAAGGGAGGCUGCUCGCUGCAGUCCACUGGACAAUUGUGUGAAUCUACACUGAACAAACCGACAGUUUGCGUGCAAAACUAUUCCUCAUAAUAUAGUCUCUCAAAUAAGAAAACUACUCCUUUCUCAAUUCCUCUUAAUUUUUCAGGGGGAAGUGACGUCAUGUGUGCUGCGAACAGCGUCGAAUCCUUUAUUUACGGUUCGACUGUAGCGCUGCAGGCUGGAGUCUCUCUCACAUUCAUUUUGCUUCGCAUUCCAAACCUUAUAUCAUCCUUAUCGUGGACUUUAUCUUGGUUUUCUUUUCUUUUUCAAAGCAGAAGACACUUCUUUCUUAUCACAGGAGUUUUACUUCACACGUUUAGCCUUUUAUCGAGUAGUUUUGUCGAAGAGGAGCAUCAGACUUGGUAUUUUCUUACAUCGACAUUUUUCAUGAUCAUUUUAUGUGAGAAAAGUGUGUUAUUUUGCAAGACAAACACUCGCGCUGCGUCGGAGGUAACGGCAGAAAAAGCCACUCAGUCAGACAGCUUAGACGGUGAAAAUUGUGGGAGAUAUAGGAAAGAAAAACCCCUUAAUCACAGUUUAACGCACACAGGCUCGAGUAAAGACCAAGUGAUUUUUACUGACGUGAACUUAGGCGAUCUUUUUUCAAGAAAAGAAUUUGUCAACGCUGAAACGAUUAGGAGGGAGAACAGUUGUUAUUCGUGGGAAGCGGCGAAAGCACAAUAUAGAGACUUAUUGUCUUGUCUGGUUGUUUUCGUACUUCUUGGUUUAGGAAGACUAUCCAGAGCUUGGAAUCAAACCGGAAUAAAAUGGGCUGAUAUACCUGAUAUAGGAGAUUGGCUUGUUAAGCCAGAAAACAAGAUAAUAUUAUCAAUAACUUAUUUUACAUCACUUGUGUUUAUCAUUGGAUUCCGCUACGGUCGCCAUGACAUUCUAACUUCUGUUGUGUUCAUCGUCGGUUGUGUGUCUUCCUACCUCUAUCGUGCUGUCACUGGAAAUGUUCAGUUACCAUGGUUACCAAAGGAACCAAUCACAAAAGGGAUUAUUGAAGCGCGAAUGACGUACUGUUGCGUGACAGCCAUGGUGUUGUGGAAUGUAAUUCUCUUAUUUAAGGCAAAUAACAGUAACAAGAAGAGACUUUUCCAGGAAUAUAUUUGUGACGUAUGUGAACCUCUAGAAGGGCUCCUGUCUAGUUUUUUGUUACUGGAAAUCCUUCUUCAGCGACCCCACAAUGCUGCCAUCCUGGCUAUUUUUGUAGUUCAAGAAAAUAUAUUAAGCCAAGUACUCUGGAAAAGGUAGGCAUAUGAGGACUAGGCUAUUUCCAAGUUCCAAAAACUCACUUUCAAAACGAGGUUUAAGUUCAAAACCUUUCCUGUGAAAAUGAGUUUUAUUUGCAUGAGAAUAAAACACCAUUUUCAUAUCCAUGGCUUUGCUCUACGCCUUGCUUUGAAACAGACUUGGGGUUACUAGGAAAUGAUGUAUUUAAUGAAUGAAUUGUUUUCGAGUUGAAAAACUUCUCGAUUAUCCUUCAAAAUAGAAAAUACGUAGGUAAUUCGCGACAUUUGUUAAAAGUCAGACAUAGUUUCUUGAGAUGCAAAAGAAUACAUUACGUGACUCGUAAAAUGUCACAAAAUACUUAAAUACUUGCAAGAAUUUGUUGUGAGUCAUGAUAUGUCUAAAAAAGUACUUUAAACCAAGCCAUGAAGUAUUAAAAAGGCGGUUUGUGUUUUGGAAAAUAGUUGAAAGGUACUUUAUUCACUGUGGUGUCCCUUCAACAUCUUGUUGUUGACAUCUUGGGCGAGGUUUUGAAUUCUUGCUUUUAUGGAACUUAAAAGACUUCUUCGAACUCUGUCGCUUAGGAAGGAAAUUGAUUCAGUUAAUCUCGCCGUUUUGAGAACUAUCAAGUUCUCUCAUUACAUUAGAAACGUUUAAUGUUUUGUUAUUUCUUAUUAUUUAUCACAUUUUCUCCGUAGCCAAGAGAAGUCGUGGAUUGUCACGUUAAGUUCCUUGUGGAUGGGCCAUGCCAUGUACUUUUCCCUUGGGAACUCAAACAGCCUGGCCUCAGUGGAUAUUUCUGCGGGCUAUGUGGGGCUAGAGGAUUUUGUACCCAGUAUUAUGGUCCCUCUCACAUAUGUAGCCACUUAUUGCGGUCCCUGCCUGUGGCUGAUGGCUGGAAUCUUGUCUGUUAUACGAAAUACCAGAGAUUCAGUGAGGUGCGUACAAGUUUACCUUCACAUCACUUUUAUCUUUAUGAUAUAUUUUAUCUGCAGCACUACACACGAUGGAACCACUUUGUUCACCAUAUCGACUUAGAAAAGAAAUUGCUGCAUAUUUCGGCUCUGAUUUGAAAGGUUACGUUAACGAUUUUUUCAAAAGACUCAAAACCCCGAGGCAAACCUUUGGUCGGUAGAGAGAAAAUUCCAGAUCAAGUUCCUAGUAAAAACAUGAAAUCUUAACGUAACUAAUUUUACCAAAUAUAUGAGUACUGUGCCUAGAUUAUCGGGCUCUGCCACGUUAGCUUCAAGAGUCUUAAUUUUAAACGUAAACUAACGAACGUUUUAUUCAUCAUUUUCUUUAGUCUACAGGUAUCUCUUUACCAAGCGUGUUACGUCAUCGCUGUCUGCCAGUCUCUGGUCCUUUGUGUUUACUGUACAUUAGUAUUUAGUCAGCGGUAUCACCUGUUCGUCUGGAGUGUCUUUUCGCCGAAGUUGCUAUAUGAAACAACCAAAACUUUGCUGUGCUCUGUGUUUUCUAUUUCUGUUAUUUGUCUGACGUGUUUCUUAGUAAAACCGGAGCGACUUAGCUUGCAGAAAUCUGAAUGA